GGAUGCAACACUGAAUACUGCAGCCUGCUCGCUACCUUUGGACUGCGUCCCAUAUCGAUCACAGGGUGAACAUGCAUAGACUACUGCACAACGUUGCGUGUUCGCCGUCGACAUCGACAGCGACACACGAAUAUCGAAACAAGUCACUAAAGCAAGUGUAUGCGGGGCAACUUGAUAAAGUAAACGUGCUUGGCAAUGAUAAUGACUAUGGACAUACGGGUUGUGUGAAUGCGCUCAGUUGGGAGCUCGAUGGUAAUGUGCUCGUUAGUGGUGGUGAUGACACGACCCUUCGGUUAUGGAGACAAGAUACGGAUGAUUAUUCCACUCCGUAUCCGUAUAAGGAGACGGCCAUUGUACGAACAGGUCAUACUGGUAAUAUUUUCAACGCCCGUCUGCUGCCGUCUUCCUCUCGUAUAGCAACAGUUGCUGGUGACCGUCAAGUGCGCAUCUUCGACGUCGAACGCGCUCUGUCUAACUCAAGUAAUGGGAAAGCUCCAGAGUAUAGUGAGCGGGAAACAUGUACCCGAGUCCUCAAAUGCCACAGUGGGCGGACGAAACGCAUCGUAACGGAAGAAAGCUCUGAUGUGUUUUUAACAGUUGCUGAGGAUGGAACGGUUAGGCAACAUGAUCUACGUACUCCGCAUCAAUGCAAUAGGCUACGUGAAAGCUGCCCAGCGCCCUUAGUUGCGCUACCCCAUGAUUUAUCUGCUCUCGCACUAUCUCCUCUUUCUCCCUUCAUGUUCGUGGUGGCCGGAGAGUCACCAUAUGGUUAUCUAUUUGACCGACGUCAGGUCGGAAGAACGCUGAGAGCAGAAUGGGGCAUGUCGUGUACUGAUGAACACUACGUGACCUGUGUGCGGAGAUUCGGCAGACCAGAGCUUGAGGGUAUUGGACGGGGAGUUGAACACAUUACUGGUGCUCGAAUGGCGCAAACAAACGGAGAUGAGGUUUUGCUCUCAUAUAGCGCAGACGCAGUAUAUUUGUAUUCAACUCGCGAUGAACCGCAAGAUCAAGUUCGUUCAUCCUCUAUAUUAAGUCCAAAUAGCAGGGACAAGAAAGAGUCUUCCGUCCCAGAGAAUGAGUCAAACGAGAAGAGGGACUCGGAAGGAAUUGAUUUGGAGGAUCUAAUGGUUCUGGAUUCUGACUCGGGGUCGAACUCGAGUUCGCUACAUUCAAUGUCAGUCUCUAGCGAACCGACAACUGUUUCUAAUGAAGGUACCAAUGAAGACUCUAGCAGUGACGAAGAAGAUGAAGACGAAGAUGACGAGGACUUUGCUACACUCGAGCUUGAUCAGAAAUUCAAGGCUCCGAUUAUCAUGCCUCGAAGGCGCUUUACCGGACAUUGUAAUGUUGAAACUGUCAAAGACGUGAAUUUUAUUGGAGUGGAGGACGAAUUCGUUGCUUCUGGCUCUGAUGAUGGAAACUUCUUCCUCUGGAGGAAGGAUAGUGGCCGGAUACAUGGCAUAUAUGAAGGGGACCAAGCUGUUGUCAACGUUAUUGAGUCUCACCCUCGAUUACCUCUGAUUGCGUGCAGCGGUAUCGACACCACUAUAAAGCUAUUCGCUCCAACGGAGACAACCGCUGUGUAUUCCCGGACUCACAAUGCUGAGGAUAUAGGGAAGAGAAAUAUGGCCCAGUCACGUAUGUCGGCGAGGGCGCAAGCCAGUGGCUUCGCGCGGUUGCUGUGGCAUUAUAGGUUAGCGCUACGACGAGCGGCAGAGGAGGACUAAAUCUUCAUUGUACAUUUAAUCGGAUCAAAAAUUGGUUUUUGUUUGUUUGUAAAACUGCAUAUACAUGAAUCUGUAUCCU